AGGUAAGACCCGACUCUGGCGCUGCAGCAGUACAGCGAGACCCGAUGCAGCUCGAUAGAAUCGCUAAUGUUUACAGAAUUUACAACACCAGCAUGACAUGCCUCUCAUUCCAUUAAUAUGGAUAAAUAUGAAAAGGUGAAGAAAAUAGGGGAAGGUUCCUUUGGAAAGGCUGUACUUGUCAAAGACAAGGAGGAUGGGCACCAAUAUGUCAUCAAGGAGGUCAGCAUAUCCGGGAUGUCUGAAAAAGCGAGACAAGAAUCUCGGAAAGAAGUUGCCGUUCUUGCAAACAUGAGUCAUCCCAACAUUGUCAAGUAUAAGGAGUCUUUCGAAGAGGGAGGUUGUCUGUAUAUUGUUAUGGGCUACUGUGAGGGCGGAGACCUCUUCAAGAAGAUCAACUCGCAGAGAGGAAUUCUUUUCCCGGAGGAACAAAUCCUGGAUUGGUUUGUGCAGAUUUGCUUAGCAUUAAAGCAUAUCCAUGAUCGAAAAAUUCUUCACAGAGACAUCAAAUCACAGAACAUAUUUUUGACAAAAGAUGGCACUGUGCAACUUGGGGACUUUGGAAUUGCGAGGGUGCUUAACAGCACGGUAGAACUUGCAAGAACAUGCAUUGGGACCCCUUAUUACCUUUCACCUGAGAUAUGUGAAAACAAACCAUACAACAAUAAAAGCGACAUUUGGGCUCUUGGCUGUGUUCUAUAUGAAAUGUGCACCCUUAAGCAUGCAUUUGAGGCUGGAAAUAUGAAGAACCUUGUUCUGAAGAUCAUCCGUGGCUCAUAUCAUCCUGUGGCUGUUCACUACUCCCCAGAACUGCAUUCUCUUUUGGCACAGCUUUUCAAACACGACCCCAAGGAAAGACCUUCUGUCAGCAGAAUACUGGACAAACCUUUCCUUUCUUGCAGGAUCCAAAGUUUCCUCACACCACAGGUCAUUGCUCAGGAAUUCCACCAUAUAUCUGUUCACAAGCAGAAGAAAAAGGGUGCGCAUCAGGGAUCAGAAGCUAAACGCCCUGCCCAUGGUUUCAUACCAUCUGUUGCUGCCAAGAUUACAGCACCUGCAUGUAAAUACAGAGUGCCUUUAACCGCAAGGAAGGUGUCAGUAACCAAAAAACCUGUUGACAAGAAGACUGCUAUUAAAUAUACACCGGCCCCUGCAUCCAUUCAGAGAAGAGUAAGUCAAGGGGAUGAAGACAGGCGAAAACAGGAGGUUAUCAAAAAAAGGAAGAAUCUGAUUGAUAAAGAAAAACUGCGAGAGCAGAUUAGUCGUAUGAACCAUGCCAGGGAGCAAGGCUGGAAAAAUGUCUUGAUAUCAAGUACUGGAAGCCCAGAGAGGACGAGUCAUUUAGGUGGUGGAAAGAGGGCUGCAGAUGUGCCAAGUUCCCCUCCAUCCUCUGUUUUGAGCAGAAAUCCUUAUGAAAACUACCAUGCUGCCCUUGACCAAAUGGCUAAACAAUCAAAUGAAGUUGGACUCUGCAGGGAGGGAUCAGCUGGGCCAGGCACUCCCAUACGUAGUGUGCCAGCAGCUGUUGGCCCUGUGCUUCCUAAUGGUCCCGCCCCACUACUAAACCCAGAUACAGUCAAAAUGGAACUACAAAGGUUGCAGCAUGUUUCCAAACAAAAACAUAUGAGCAGGCAGAAAACACGUUUGCCUGCUGAGCGUGUAUACCAGGUUGAAGAGUUUUUACAGCGUAAAAAGGAAGCAUUGCUCAACAAAGUACGGGCCGAAGGACAUCCGGGUACUCGGCAAAACUGGGCCGCCAUCUGUGGAAGCCAAGUAGCUUCAGCUCGGUAUAGAAGGAGGCCUCACAAAGUCAACAAAGAGGAGGAGGAAUACUUGACAGCACUCAGGCAGAUCCGUUUGCAGAAUUUCAAUGAGCGCCAGCAAAUCCAAGCCAGGCUUAAAGGAGAGAUGUAUGGUAGUGACAGUUCAGAGAGUCUAGAGUCAGCAGAGGAGGCUGAACUGAGGAGAAAGAAGAUAGCGGCUUUUAAAGUCCACGCUAAUGCCCGUGCUGCUGUACUGAAAGAGCAACUAGAGAAGAAGCGAAGAGAGGCUAAUGAAAGAGAAAAAAAAGCAUGGGAUGAUCAUAUUGCAGCUCAGGGGGAAAGGGUACCCCCAGCUGCUGUAUCAACUACCUCUAAACCCACAACCGUCAAAUCUUCGGCCUUGCCAGAAUCUGAGCCCCCUGCUUCUGUUAUAUCCAUGACUGUUGCCCUGAAGAAUGUUGGAGCAGUUAGUAUCCAUAUCACAAAGCGUGGCAAACCUUUGCUUUCUUGUUUUGGUUUGUUGGUAUUAGCAAUUUGUGUUUUGCAGAUGACUCCAUUAAUGGAUAACCUGCCUGGCACAGAGGCUGUCACAAUCAUUCAGAGUGAAAAGAAGCAGAUCUUGAACAGACUUAAUCAGAAUCUAAAAUCUCAAAGUCCUGUGGAUGAAAUGGAGUCAAUACCCAUUGCACCCAAACAACAUACUCCGGCUUUCCAUCAGGAACCGUACAACUCUGAGAACGUUCCGUACAUUAAAGAACGAAAUAAGUGGGCUGUAGUAGAACUUUCUACCUCUCAAAAAGUCUUGGAGGAGUCUUCCGUAGCGGCAUCCAAUCAUCCACCUUCUGUUGGAGACAGAAAAAAAUGGCAAGAGGGACUCCCGUUUUUUCUGCCUAUACCCCAGCAAACUUUAGAGGAGACAUGCAUCCCAACAAUAGAAAAAAACACAGGUGAGGUGAUACGAGGGAGUGCGAUGCAGGAUGAAGGUCAAAGGAAGGCGUGGGGAGUGAGUCCAGAAUGCCCGAUUCUGAGAGUGUUCCAUGAGGCAGAGGUUCAGCCACUUACCCAGCCAUUGGAGACGGUCGGCAUCUACAAAGAGGCUAGCCCUGAUGAGGCAAACCAGAGUGUGGCUAUGAGUGCAUCUGGAGAGGAAACGAGUGACAAGAAAGGGCCGGCUGCCAUUGUUAAGGUUGAGGCAAAGAUGGAAUAUGUGCCAACAACUGAGGCUAUGCACCCAGAAAAGUCGAGUGUAAUGCAAGCACCUUCAAAUAUUGCUGAGAUCCAGGAUCCAGAAGAUGUGGAAUCUGUGGUUUUGGAGGAUGUUCCUGAAGUGUCACAUACUUCAAUGGGCCUGCAUCACGCAUGGGAGAAGCAAGACCAACAGUCAAUGCCACCGGAAGUCAGUACAAACAAAGGAGCAGCAGUUUCAGCAGGGAGGGAGGGCUUGUCACAAGGUGAAGAACCGCUGUUUAUGAAGUUGUGCUCUCCAGCUCACAGACGCACAUCUGCACUCGCCCUAAUUUCGGCUCAGUCUUCGGUGGACGAAUCCUCUUCUUCACUCGCUUCCCGUUCACGCUCAGUUUCACCUCUUCACACGAGGAAGCACAAUGCUCUCCUUAUUGGGCUCUCAACAGGCCUGUUUGAUGCCAACAACCCUAAGAUGCUGCGUACGUGCUCCCUUCCAGAUCUUAGUCGGGUAUUCAUCUCUGGGCAGGAGUCUGUCAUUAUUCCUGAAAACAACGUUGCUCCAGAUGGCCACUCGGAGAAUGAGGACCAGGAUCAAGCCAAAGAUGAUGACCAGUCCGAGACAGAGGAUGUUUAUGAUGAUGAUGAUGAUGAUGAGGGCCUGCAGGACAUCAGGGCAUCCAUGGAGCGACUGUUGCAAGAAGAACGUGAGUUAAUGGACAACUUACCACAUGAUGGAAGAGGAGACUUUAAUGGAAAUACAGCAGUUGGUCAAGACAAAGACCUUUUCAAGCAGAUCCUAGUGGAACCUGAGCAGGACAACUAUCAGAUGGCUCUGGGUAGUGAUGACGAUGAUGCUGACAAUGAUGAUGAGGAAUGCUCAAAUGACAGUCCUGUUGAUGAAGAAGGAGUUGACUUGCUCAACAAUGGUGUAGGUGAAGAAAACCACGCUAAUAAAAACCAGUUUAAUGAAGAAUGGCAGUCAGACAACAGUGAGGAGAACCAGGAGGGAGAAAUGGAGCUUUAUGAUAGCAUCUACUGUCGCUUGGAGGAGCAUCGUUUUAAUUUGGAGCGACAGAUUGGCUUUGAGAAGUUCAUUGAGGCCUACAAUAAAAUAAAGGCUAUACGCGAUGAUGAAGAUGACAAUAUUGACGUGGGCACCAGUUUGGCGUUUAGCAUUUUGGGAAGUGAGCACCAGCAUCUAUAUCCAAACAUCCUUCAUCUGGUGAUGGGGGAUGGUGCCUACCAAGAAGGCAAUGAUCAGCCGUGGAGCCAAUCGCAGCCCUGACAAUUUGCGUUCAGUCAGAUGUCUUCUCGGCGCUUUUUCAGGAUGUUUGGCAGUGUACGUGCACACUUGCACCAUUAAUAGCUGGAUUCUGUUGAAGAAUGCAGCUUUUACACUUUAACUAAUAACUGGUAAAACUUUCUAGUAAUGACCAGUUAUUUCAUUUGAAGUUUGUUUCUGAUAAGUUUGUCCUUUUCACAAUUAUGUUUUUCAAUCAAUCCAAUAUUUCAGCGAUUUAUAAAUAAAGCCUCUCAUGUUUGUUGAACGGUUUCCCUCUCAUUCAAGUAUGGUUUUACCUUCAUCUAAACAACAGAAAGCUCACUUUGAAGCCACCUUUUUAAACUUUUUUUUAAUCAUGAAAAAUGUGGAGUGUGUUCCUUUAUGGCGGAAAACACAGAGAAGACUGAAAAAGCAGUUUCUGCUCUUGCACCCCUCUUUAAAAUAAACUGCUGUAUUUUAAGCCAAAAGAACUUUUGUGUUUUAUGGAACAAUAUGUCUGUAUGCUGCCAUAGCAGAUUCAUGGCGCAUUAAGCCCCGGAACUAUUUUGAAUUUGUCCGUUUUACCUUGGAAACCCCCGUUUACAGACGUGGUGCAACCGCUUUUGUUUCAACCCAGCCAUAAAAAGGUAAUAAUAUUUAAUAAUCAAAAUGUCUGUCAUUUUUAGCUUAGAAUCAUUCAUUGAUGUCUAAUAUUUUGUUUUAAAAAAAGACUUUAAAAAUUUAUUCACUCUCAUAUUUUAAACUUUUAAACAAAUGACGUCACAAUGAAAAAAAUGGUGUCUGUAAAUAAGUCACAGAUAUCGACCUCAUAACUAUCGCUUGAUUGUGUUUUUUUUAAUUGGUAUUGUCGCAUUUUCCCCGAUAUGUUAGAUAACUAAUCAAUCCAAACAAAGAAAAAUUGAAAAAAACGUUUAUAACUGUAAAUAUAUGAAAAGGAACAUCUCGACCACUCCUUGAUGUCUGCAAUUUCUGCAUCGUGACCCUUUUUAUAUUACUAUGUUUCACCCAUAAAAUUCCCCCAAAAUCCGGCUCUGGCCAUUCACAUCUGUGUCUUGUGAUACAUGUCCGUGAUACAUGCUACAUGGAGUUUUUGGAUCGAAACAAGGUAAGUACGCGAUAAUAUCUCAUAAAAUCGUGCCGUUUUUAAUUCUGCUCUCUCGUGCUCUCAUCUCCAGUUAGGGUUUUGCUGUUAUUUUUUUUUUUUCUUAAAUGCCCUCCUAUUCAAAUUUUUUCUUGCCCCAGAAAAUUGACAUUUUAAGCUUUCCAAUGAUGUAUCACACGUGCAUAUCGGACAGUUAUGAAAUUUGGCCAAAUUGGGGGUCUCAGAGCGGAACUUCAAGUCACCUGAGUGUUGUCCGCCAUAUGCAAAUUACGCUCCUACGGGCUAGCUAAAUGGACAGCAAAAUGGAUACGGUUUUCAGGGCAAUCAGACUUAAAUGUCCUGUAAAAUGGAAGUCCACAUAAACUAAUCUGCCUGGGACAAAUAAAAAGUUUUUAACAAGCCUGCCAAAUUUUAAUGAAAAGUCAGAUGGUGCAAACAAAACAAAAACUAGGAACAAAUAGCCGUUCCAGCUGAAACAUUUGGGGGGAAGAAAAACAGCAGGUAGAAAAUAAAAUUGCUUAGCACAAUCGAAUUUUGUGCAACUGGUGUGACGUUAUUGCAGAAAAUGUCAUUAAUAAAUGGGGAAUUAUCUUAAAGGGACACUAAUUCAAAGUCAUAGCACUGAAGACAACAUCAAGCGCUGUAUUCCUGGUGGCAUGUCAUUUAAGUUCUUUAUUCAAAUUGAAAUGAGUGGUUUGUGAUAAGUUUCUGACACUAAACCGAGCAUCUCCUUUUCAUUCUGGGCAUAGCGUUUUUCUGUCAUCAGGUUGCCAUUUCUCACUAUGUCUUUGUAGCACGACAGCUCCUAGACAGUCUUUGGAGGCAUCGGUGGAGAUUUUAUUUAGUUUAGUGGGAUCAAAAAAUGUUAAGAAAGGCUCAACUGUAACAGUUCUCUUUAGUUCUUUCCACUCCCUUUCAUGUUUCGUUGUCCAUUCAAAUACUACGUUGUGAUGUAGCAGUUCUCUCAGGUGUGCAGUCUUUGAGUAGAGCUUAGGAAUGAAUUUACCAUGGCAUUCCCAUGGCUCGCAGUACGCCAAUUGGAGCGGGCAUGUCCAGUAUGGCUUGCACUUUGUACUUAUCUGGCAACACCCCGUUAGCUGUGAGUGUUGGGAGAAAUGUUUUGUAUUCAUAAAUGUGUCCUCAGUUGAUGUUGAAAUAAUGUUCCUAUUGCUUAUUAUUUACAUAUUAUUUUUUUGCCAAAAGAUGGCAGGAUGGGACUUAAUUAUCUAAAGUGAUACUUUUAUUACGUCAUUUUUGUUUGACUUUUAUUUGUGGGAUUGCCUGUGAAGACAGCAGUGAACGAGGAUGUA